UUAGAAGGAGAAGAUGAAUUCAGAUUUGCAGAGUCUGAUAGAGAGGGCAAGCGAUUUGCAGGAGAAAGUAAAUGAAGAAAUCAACAGUCCCAAGAAGAAGAAGAAGAAGAACAACACUUCUGUGGGCUUCUGCAAUAAGUAUUGCUGUUCAGAAGAUGAAGAGAAAUGGCUCUGCAAAUUUGCAGAUGCGCCAUUAAUAUUUGAUGAAGAAACCCAGAGAUUGAUUGGCCUGAGAGAUUCUUUAAAACAAGUCGAAGACAUGCUCAUUCACUUGCAGAAAAUGAGGGCAUGGCACUUUAUAAACAGGCAGGUUGCAGAGAAGCAGGUAGAAGAAAGCAGAGCAAUUCUGAUGGAGAAAGUAUCAGAUUAUGGGGGAAAGCCACAUAGCGUGAUCAAUGAAUUGAAUUCAAGCUUUGGCAAUGGAAGAUCUGCUUUUGCUGGUUGGAGAUUGAACAAGAAGAAAACCAACUGUUUCUUACUUUGUUGCAUGAAAUUUCUGUUUCCUCUUCCAGAAACGUGGCAGGGAGUAAUUGGAGGAGCUGCUAAAGUCAUAGCAGCUUCCAUUACUGUUUCCUCCACAGUGUAUUUCUGCAGAAGAAGGCCUCAAUAUUGCAGAUCAAGCAUAGAUAUCAGAAACAUUCCGAAUAGCCACCUUGAUGUUUUCAAAGGAAGAGGGUGAUCUCCAUCAAUACUUUUUUUUUUUUUUGGGGAGAAUUAUAUAGGCAUAUUUGACACGAGGCACUCGUUUAGAUUCGAGUUUUGUUACAUCGUGGAUAUGUGUGUAAUUUAUUUGAUUGUUUUGCUUCAAA